AUGACCCGCUCCGUCGUCGGGACUCAGUCAGUCGAGUUGCAAGUGCAAGGGAGGAGCCCCAAGCUUAUUUUAAGUAUUAAUCAGAACGUCAUCAGGAUGCUGAGCGCUGUCGAACCCAUCGUACUCCACAUAGGAGAUCCGAUUCAAUACAAUCCGAAGCGGUACAAAGAGUUAGAGCAGAUCGCUACAAUCCUUAGACCGACCACAGAGGAGAGACAGAGGGAACCCUUCUUGGAGGCUCUGAGAGAACAGCGAUGGGGGAACUUCUCAGCAAUCCUGCGACCUUUUUGGAACUCGGGUGGCGAAAUGGGCCGCUGGGACAAAGAACUUAUUUCACUCCUGCCUUCCUCUGUCAAAGUCUUUGCUUCCGCAGGUGCCGGAUAUGAUUGGGCAGACGUUGAUAUCAUGGCUGAGAAAGGCAUCCUCUACUGCAAUGGCGCAUCGGCGUCAUCCGAGGCUGUGGCAGAUAUGGCGCUUUACCACAUCAUAUCAGUGUUCCGCAAUAUGCAAUGGACCAAUACAGCAGCACGGAGUGGAAACGCAGAUCAGUUCCUCGAUGCACACCGACACAACAGUGAGACAGCACAUAACCCCAGAGGCCACACACUCGGCAUUAUCGGCCUCGGAAACAUCGGCUAUCGAAUUGCACAAAAAGCUUACGCCGCUUUCAAUAUGAAAAUAGCAUACGUCGAUCCUAUCCCCAAGUCAGCUGAGCAGGAAACCACUGUCAAAGCUGUGAGAUAUCCGAACCUGGACACUUUGCUAGCCGUGGCGGAUUGUGUGGUAAUCUCGGCGCCUGGAGGGGCAGAAGGCGGUAAGGCGCUCAUCGAUGCCUCACGCUUAGCAAAGAUGAAAGCGGGAUCUCGACUGGUCAAUGUCGGACGUGGGAACUUGGUGGAUGAAGAUGCAUUGGCUGAUGCACUGGAAUCUGGGCACCUGUUCGCUGCUGGACUCGAUGUACACUCCAACGAGCCACAUAUUAACACACGCCUGGUCUCAAUGAGGGAUGUGACUCUUACAUGCCACACUGGUGGUGGAGCAGUUGAAACCAGAAUCGGCUUCGAGGAUUUGGCUAUCCAAAACGUCAUUGAGGUACUACUCGGGAAGGGACCUUUGACAGCGGUAAACAAACAUUUGCUUGGGUAGAAGAGAAGU